CGCGCGAACUUGGCCGUAUUCGUUAGCGGCGGUGGGUCGAACAUGCGCGCGAUACACGACGCGUGCGAGCGAGGGGAGGUGCGAGGGCGCGUGGCGUGCGUGGUGACCAACGCGGCGACGUGCGGCGGCGCCGAGUGGGCGCGCGAACGAGGAAUUCCCGUGUUGAUUUAUCCAGCGAAGAAGAACGAAACGGGUGGAUUAACCGCCGACGCGCUCGUCGACGCGCUGACGCGCGAACACGGCGCCGAGUUCGUGCUGUUGGCUGGAUAUUUACGACUGAUUCCGCCCGAACUUUGUCGAGCGUACGAAAAUCGAAUGGUCAACAUCCACCCCGCACUCUUGCCCGCGUUCGGCGGCAAGGGCAUGCACGGUGAGAACGUUCACAAAGCCGUCGUCGCAUCGGGCGCUCGAUUCACCGGUCCGACGAUUCAUUUCGUCAACGAGGCGUUCGACGAGGGUAAAAUUUUAGCGCAAACCGUCGUCCCCGUCUUCGACGACGACGACGCGAGCGCCGUCGCCGCGCGCGUCUUGGCGCAGGAGCACAUCUUAUUCCCUCGCGUCGUCGCCGCGAUGUGCGAAGACAGAAUUCGGUUCAGGUCCGACGGCGUGCCCUUCAUC